AUGUCCGGGGCCGGGGAGUACCAGGAGAUGGCCGCGUCGGUGCCGCCGGCGCUCAAGGCCAUCACGCUCACCCACGUCCGCUACCACCGGGGCGACAGGGUUGGCCUCUUCCUCGCGUGGGUCUCCCUAAUCCCCGUCUUCAUCAGCCUCGGCGGCUUCAUCUCCCACUUCAUGUUCCGCCGCGAGCUGCAGGGCAUCUGCUUCGCCUUGGGGCUCCUCGUCUCGCAGGUCCUCAACGAGCUCAUCAAGCACUCCGUCGCGCAGUCCCGCCCGGCCUCGUGCGAGCUGCUCGAGACCUGCGACUCCCACGGGUGGCCGUCCAGCCACGCGCAGUACACCUUCUUCUUCGCCACCUACCUCUCGCUCUUCGUGCUCCGGCGGUCGCCGGCGAGCCGCGUCAUGGCCGCCUUCUCAUGGCCUCUCGCGUUCCUCACCAUGCUCUCCAGGGUGUAUCUCGGCUACCACACCGUCCCGCAGGUUUUCGCGGGAGCAGUAGUCGGCCUUGUAUUUGGUGCUAUCUGGUACUGGUUCGCCAACACCAUUCUUGCUCAAUACUUCCCAAUGAUUGAGGAGAGCGCAAUUGGGAGGUGGUUUUAUAUCAAGGAUACUUCACAUAUUCAAGAUGUGCUCAAGUUUGAGUAUGAUAAUGCAAGGGCAGCAAGGAAGAAAGUUGCUACUGAUUGA